ACAUUUGGUGAUUGUUACACUUUGAAGAACAUGGCCGGAAUUAAAGCGGAUUGACGUUUUACACCUUUAUUGGUUGCGGGGUAAAAAAAAACAAGAGGAUCAGAAUUACGUCCCAUAUGAAAUAUGGUAACAAUCAUGACGGCCAUUGUCGAGGAUGAACCCACAGGGAGCUCUCGCUGUUUUGCAGCCGACCAUUUGCCAUCCAUCCCGCGGUCAUUCGUUACGAGUUGUUGGGCGCUUCGAUUUCUCUAACAGAUGAUAAGCGCCCCUCUCUUUCUUCCUCUCUUUCUCUCUCUCUCUCGGCUGCGUCUUUACGUCGCCUUCGUAAAGGACGAGCGGAAUCUUCACGAUGAAGAGCGGAAAAUGAGCGAAACCGGAAGACGAAGGCGGCACUGAGAGGACGUGGAAAGCAGGGUGAAGAAGGCCGCCGCCGUACGUCGCGGCGAAGAUGAGAUCGAAAGCUGCUCUGUGCCUGCUCUCCCUGCUGAUCCUGCCGCUGGAUGAUCCUUCGUGGGCUUCCGCCGAGAUCAGAGGAUGCAAUCGCACCAUCAGGAAUUCGGUCGGUUGGAUUCGCUGGACGGGACGAAUGGGUCGAUGCAUCGUGAGAAUCAGGGCACCGCUCAGGGAUCCGCAGGUGAUCGAGGUGAAAGUUCGACGAUUGCAGGUAGGCUUUCUGAAGGAGGCCCGAUGCGAGGGGGCGUAUUUUCAGUUCUCGGACAGCCUGGACGAUCCUGACGACGAGACGGGUCGAUAUUGCGGUCACGUGACUGGAAAUGCCACGAGGCUGUUUCUGCGACGAGGUCCCGAUCUGACGAUCACCUUAGCCUCGGACGAGCAGUUCGCCUUGACGAAUCCGGUCAUCUUUUCCGCUCAAUUCUCCAUCCUGCCGGUGCGUCUGGCGAUCGAACGUCACCGCGGCUAUUCCGCGUCCUCGUCACCCACCUGUCCCGUGGAAUGCACAAUGCGUAAUGAGCGACGGUCCUGCAGGUUGACUUCGCCGGGUUAUCCCUGUGUGUAUCCGCGAGGCAUCAGAUGCAGAGUCGCUCUCGAGUCGAGCGCCGGUCGCUUCAGGAUAGGCGGUCAACCGGAAGACCUGUUCGACUUGAUGAACUACACCGACCAAAAGGGCUGUCAGAUAGAGAACUGCGAGGACUCGCUCGAGCCUAAGGGACUCGGCCAGGCGUCGACCGAAAGAAUCGCGAGGGAUGAAUCUGUUAUCAGGAUCGGGGACAAUUGGCCGGGGGACAACAAUGGCCAGAUUCCCGCGAUGGAGCUGGGAAGUGAAGAAACGAGCGAACGGCUAAUGAGGCAGAGACACUACGAGAAAAAGGCGGCACGGCACAGGGGAAAGCAAUACCGCAAGGAGCCGGCGCAUAAGUUUGACGCGAGCGAGUCGCGGCACGCGCCGAGGCUCAAAUCGAUGCGUUCGAAGGUAACGAGGAAGGACCAGCGGAGGGUCGUCGUGCCGAAUUGUUAUCUCAGCGGCGACUUUGAAAGGCGGGAUGAAACGGCCGGUAGCGCGAUGGUGUCAGAGCAGAAGCACCUCGACGGGAAUCGCCCAUCGGGGAACGCCACGUGCGAGGGCGACUACCUCGCGCUCCUGGAGAACGUGAAUGGCAAGGUGUUCGAGAUCCGGAGGUUCUGCGGCGCCGGUCGAGUGCCCCGUAUCUUCUCGCGCGGGAAGAACGUGAUCCUGGAGUUUGUCGCCCGGCACGACGGCACGGUGCUGCACGACGGCUUCCAAGUGACUCUGCUGGAGGAACGGGCCCCGGAGGCGAGACACGCGAAUUGCGAGUUCGUGUACAGGAGCUCGGGCCGCGUCAGGGAGAACAUUAAAUCCCUACGGAGCUGGUAUCCGCCCAAUACCGUGUGCACUUACAAGUUUCUCGGCAGGGUUAUGGAGAAGGUAUCCAUUCACAUAAAGAUCCUCAGGAACGAAUUCGCGCAGGAGAAACCGGUCGAUACCAGGCGGAACUUCAGCUUGAAUUACUGCCCCGGCAACGAGAUCGCCGUCUAUAACGGCGCCCAGGUGAAUGGCAGCUUCUUGAUGUGGUCCUAUUGCGACGUGUCUCACUGGGACAUCAACAACAUCCAAGUACCUUUGACGUCUAGCGGAAACGAAUUAUUGAUCCAAUACUACAGCGCCAGAGGGUCCUACGAUGGUCAGGGAUUCACCUACGCUAUAUCCUACAGGUUCAUCAGAAAAGAGCAGAACGGCACCGUAGGGCGUGCCCACGGCAAGUACAAGUCGAUCUCUCUGAGGCCGGUCAACCUGUCGGUCCUGAAUCUCAACGACACCGACAACUGCAACUGCAAUUUCGACAACAGAAUGGGCACUUUCAAGAAUUGGUUCGUCGUACUGGUGAUCCUCGGUAUCGUGUCCUUCCUCGGGGCCAUCGUCACGAUAGUCGCCCUGAUCGCGAAAUUCCUGAAGAUCAGAUCGUCCGAGAAGAAACUCUUGCAAAACGCGAAACAAUGAGGCGCUCGCGCGCUUUCCCUUCGGCAAUCUCUCAUCUUUAUCGUUACGGAAUUGGAGUUAAAAUAAACAAGAUCUCCGAGUUUCGACAAUGAGAGAAGGGAGGAACGAGUACUGAAAUCGGAGCGAUUCGCGCGCAAAAAAAAAAGAAAAAUCCGGCAAAAAUAGAACGAGGUCCCACCGAGACUUGAACUCGGAUCGCUGGAUUCAGAGUCCAGAGUGCUAACCAUUACACCAUGGGACCUUGACGGCUUCUAUAUGAACCAAUUGACACUGGAAGUCACCGGUGAUGCACAAGAGGCAUUGCUGAAAAUUACGAGAGAUGAUCCAGAUCUCACGAUGGUGAUCGAUCUUGAUAUCACGAUUUUUCGUAUCACGAUCGACAUCGCGCCAAUAUCCCUUCGACAUAUCGUGGAAGAAAUCUCGCCCUUUCCGACGAGUAAAAAAUGAAGGUUGUAUAUACGCAACUAUGUAUAUCGAACUGAAUUUUUAUACGUAACACACACGCAACAAUAAUAAAUCCGCAAUAAAGUAUACCUGAGGUAAAUAAAGAGCUUGACGACGAAAUUACUACAGCCACCAGUAUUAGUAGUUGGUAUUAAA